UUUUUUUAAUAAAACCGAGCCUUAGUUUGAUUGCUUGAUCGAGAUCGAGAUCGAGAUGGAGGAGCAGGAUGGGUUUGAAGGAGAGGAGGGGAAUGGUGGGAUACUGGGGCCGUGCCUGACUAGCUACGUGGACCCUGGAACCUCUGAGAGUCACAGAUACUACCUCGCACGCAGAACCGUCCUGGAAAUGCUCAGGGACAGAGGCUAUGUCGUCCCCAACUCCGAAGUUGAGCUCUCUCUCCAAGACUUCCGGGACCUUCAUGGCCAGAACCCCGACCUCGAACGCCUCCGAAUCUCCACCACUCUUCGCUCUGACCCUUUGAAAAGGAUUUUGGUAAUUUUUUGUGGACCCAGUGUGGUAAAAGUUCAUGUGAUUCGUAGCAUUGCAUACCAGAUCGUUAACAAAGACACUUUGGGUGGGUUGAUACUAAUAGUGCAAAACCAUAUAACAGCCCAAGCAUUGAAAGCAGUGGAUCUUUUCCCAUUUAAAGCUGAAAUAUUCCAGAUCACCGACAUGCUUAUUAACAUUACAAAGCAUGUGUUGAAGCCAAAGCAUCGCAUACUAACUGACCGAGAGAAACAGAGGCUCUUAGAAAAGUACAAUAUAGAAGAAAAGCAGGAAGUGUGGUAUCAUUACCUAAGGAAGCAGUAUGCUAUCUUAAUCUACUCUUUAUACUAGCGAGAACCAUGAUGGAAGAAAAUGGAAGAGCGGAAUUCAUUGAUACUCUCCCCAAUUAAUAGAGACUUUUGCAUGCAUUCUGGAAAUAAAGAAAUUGAUUCAAUUUCCAUUCUUUGUUUUGUAAGAGUCUGCAUAUUUUCAUAUUGGAGGGAGGAACUCAUAGAUGCCUGGUUACAUAGUUGCACUGAGGUUGCAUCUAGAUCCGAGGAUUUGAGCUCAACAGAUUGAUAAACAAUUGUUAACAUAAUCUUUUAUUUUUUAUUAAAAUGGAUUUGAUCUAUAAAGGUUUUGCUCCACCAUAAUUUCCUGUGUUAUGAAUCUGAACAAACAUCUGACACCUGAUCAUUUCAAACCUGUGUUGAAAUCCAGCCUCGAAUUCUCAGCAUAAAUAAGUUGUCCUUAAUCUGGUCAUGUUUCCUCCAACUCAAGGUUAAUAUAGGUGCUAAUACAGCCAAGUGUAUCUUUUGAAUUUGUUGCCAUAAAUGCUUUGCUAGAGAACGGCUGGUCUUUGUAGCCAAGGCUGCCAUGUGACAUAGUGGUGUUUUCACUUCCCAUUCAAGGCAUAUGCAUAUGUUUUUUUUUUUUAAUAUAUAUAUAUAUAUAUCUAAAUUGCUCAAAGUCAAGUCUUUUACUUCGGGUUUGAUUUUCUUUCUCCAGCUUCCUCGAAUGUUACGAAAAGAUGCAAUUGCAAGAUACUACGGGCUUGAGAAGGGGCAGGUGGUGAAGGUAAGCUAUGGUGGUGAAAAUG